CGCAAGAAGAGACACCUCCGCUGGCAGAGACGCGCGGCGGGAUGGCGAAGGAGACGAGAGGCAAAGCUGCCGCCCGCAAGCACAGCGCCUCCCACUGGCGGUUGCAGAACAUCGCACAUGAUUCUGUCGACAGCUCUGACGAGGAGUUUUUCGAUGCCCGAGAGGUGCUGGAGGGGAAGAGUGCGAUUCUGCUGGGGAUGAGUCAGUGGAACUCCAAUGACCUGGUGGAGCAGAUCGAGAGCCUGGGCCACAUGGACCAAUCUCAAGAGAGCCUGUAUCGCAUGGGGCAUACGCGCUGUGCCCCCCAGAGCAGCACUGAUGAGCUGGAGGAGAUAGAGAGGAAGUGUAAAACCCACGUGCUUAUCCUGGUGGUCCAUGGCGGGAACAUCCUGGAGACUGCGGGGGGAGACCCAGGGGCCAAGGCGGGCGACACGGCAACGCUGGCCUCCGUGCUGGAGAGGGUGGCUCAGGCGCACUUCCAGGCGGCCGCCGAGCACGUGGUCAUCAAGCUGGUCCCCUGUCCCGCCGUGUGCGCCGAGGCCUUCUCUUUGGUGUCUCACCUGAACCCCUACAGCUACGACGAGAGCUGCGUGUCCAGCAGCGUCGACCACCUGCCGCUGGCCGCGCUCCCCAUCCUCGCCAUCGCCGCGCCCCGCUACCAGGAUGCCGUGGCCACCGUCAUCGCCCGCGCCAACCGGGCCUACCACAGCUUCCUGCAGUCCCAGGACGGGCAGGGGUUUACAGGACAGGUGUGUCUGAUUGGAGACUGCGUGGGGGGCGUGCUCUGUUUCGACGCCCUCUGCUUCAGCGGCCAUCAGCAGCAGCGGCAGCAGGGAAGCCCCAGCAACAGCAGCGAGAACAACAGCACAGAGAGUCUGAAGGACAGCCCGGGCGUUCUCCGAGAGGCCAGCCCCUGCCUGAGCUCCAGCAAGCGCCUCAGCAAGAGCAACAUUGACAUCUCGGUCCCCAGUGAUGGUGGCACCCCGAACAGACAGCCCCUCAGCAGGAAACAGAGCGACUCCUAUGACGGGGACUCGACCAGCCAGCGCACCCUCUUCAGCAGCUUGCUGCGGGAGGAGGCGGACCUGCGGCUGGGAGGCAGCUGCGGCUUGGCCUCGAACCCGGGACGCUUCGACUUUGAAGUGUCCGACUGCUUCCUGCUGGGCUGCCCGGUGGGGCUGGUUCUGGCCAUGAGGAGGACGGUGCUGCCCGCUGUCCAGGUGACCCAGCUCCACCCCGCCUGCUCCCAAAUCUUCAACCUGUUCUACCCCUCAGACCCCUCUGCCUCCCGACUGGAACCCCUGCUGCACCCCUGCUUUCACAAGCUGCCCCCCUUCUCAGUGCCCCGCUACCAACGCUACCCCCUGGGAGACGGGCGCUCCACGCUCAUAGCGGAUAGCAUCAACAGCCACCCGGCAGUCUUCUUGGAGAAAGAUUUGAGCCCAGGAGCUCCAGCCCCCCCUUCCUCCUCAGAGCUCAAAGACAGCGGGACCCUGGGGGGCACCCCGCGUCGGGCCAGCCUGACCAGCGUCGACAGCGAGGCAUCAGACUGCUCUGUCAGCAAACUGGGAAGCACCAUCGCCAACAUCUCCGGUACCUGGUGGGGGUCCAAGCGGUUGGACUACGCUCUUUACUGCCCAGAUGUUCUGACCGCCUUCCCCACUGUGGCUCUGCCCCAUCUUUUCCACGCCUCCUACUGGGAGUCCACUGACGUUGUGGCCUUUAUACUCAGACAGGUGAUGCGGUGCGACUGCGUGAAGGCCCAGGAGGCGGACAGCACCGACUCCGCCCCCUGCUCCUCCUCCAGCCCACGGGAGAAGUGGCUCCGCAGACGGACGCAUGUGAAGCUGAGGAAUGUGACUGCCAACCACAGAGUGAAUGAUGUCAUUGCAACAGAGGACGGCCCACAGACCCUGGUUGGCAGGUUCAUGUACGGCCCCCUGGACAUGGUCACAUUGACUGGAGAGAAGGUGGACGUGUUCCUGAUGACUCAGCCCCCUUCGGGGCGCUGGGUGCACUUUGACACCGAGGUGACCAACAGCAGCGGCCGAGUGUCCUACACCAUCCCCCAGAGAAAAAGGCUGGCGGUGGGCGUGUACCCCGUCAAAAUGGUGGUCAAGGGCGACCAGACGAGCGCGGAGGCCUUCCUGACGGUGCUGCCACGAGGGAUGGAGUGUGUGGUGUUCAGCAUCGACGGGUCCUUUGCCGCCAGUGUCUCCAUCAUGGGCAGCGAUCCCAAGGUCCGCCCGGGGGCCGUGGAUGUUGUCAGACACUGGCAGGACCUGGGCUACCUGAUCAUCUACAUCACGGGCCGGCCGGACAUGCAGAAGCAGCGCGUGGUGUCCUGGCUCUCCCAGCACAACUUCCCCCACGGCAUGAUCUUCUUCUCAGAGGGGCUGGUGCACGACCCCCUGCGCCAGAAGGCCAUCUUCCUGAGAAACCUGGUGCAGGAGUGUCACAUCAAGAUUAACUCCGCCUAUGGCUCCAUGAAGGACAUCUCCGUUUACAGCAUGCUGGGGUUGAGUCCUACUCAGAUCUACAUUGUGGGAAGGCCUUCCAAAAAGUACCAGAAUCAGUGCCAGUUCCUGAGCGAGGGGUAUGCGGCGCACCUGUCCUUCCUGCAGUUCCGCCAGCGGGCGCGCUCCAAGAAGAGCUCCUCGGUACGCAUGGUGCUCCGCAAGGGCUCCUUCGGCCUGUCCGCCAAGUCGGACUUCCUGUGCAAACGCACGCACCUGCGGCGGGCCAUGUCCGUGCAGCAGCCCGACCCCCCGAGCGCGCCCAACCCCAAGCCCGAGCGCGCCCAGAGCCAGCCCGAGUCCGACAAGGACCACGGGGGCGGCGGGGGCGGAGCGGGCGGCGGGGGCGACGGGGCGUGGCCGCGGGGGCUCACACACCGCGGGAACACCACGCCCUGAUGGCGGCGGAGAGAGGGAGGCCGGGAGAGGAGGAGGACGAGGCCGUCCCCAGGGCCCGGGGUGAGUUCCCCCAUUCUCAUUAUUACGCUCUAAGCUGAACACUAAUACAAAUUACUUUGUAUGUUCUUUUUUUUUGACAGUUCAUCAGUGUUUGUUUUUGCGCUUCAUGUUUUGAUGUAGCAGGGUCAUCACAGAUGAAAUGGUACCUUAGGCAGUGUAAUUUAU